CCGCGCAGGCCGUGCAAGCCAUCCCUUCUGCCAGAGGACCGGAAGCUGGCGAUGGCGCGGAACGUGCUGUACCCUCUCUAUCAGCUGGGCAACCCCCAACUACGGGUGUUCCGCACCAACUUCUUCAUUCAGCUGGUACGGCCCGGCUCGGCCCAGCCUGAGGACACCGUGCAGUUCCGGAUCCCCAUGGAGAUGACCAGGGUGGACCUGCGGAACUACCUCGAGCGCAUCUACAGUGUGCCGGUGGCCGCCGUGCGGACCAGAGUGCAGCACGGCUCGAACAGGAAGAGGGACCACAGGAACGUCCGGGUGAAGAAGCCGGACUACAAGGUGGCGUACGUGCAGCUGGCUCACGGACAGACCUUCACGUUCCCGGACCUCUUCCCUGAGAAAAAGCCUGAAGGCGAAGGCGGGCCUGUCGAGGACGGAGUCCAGGAGCUGCUGGGGGAGCCGCGGAAGGGGCAGAGCGGCGGCCCCCGGCGCGGGGGCGUCCCGGACUGGUUCGGCCUGUGACGGGCUCACAGCUGCAAUAAAGGUGACCUGUGUGAACAGAGA